AUGGCGGACAGCAAAGAAGCGUUUGGCCUUCAAAAUUCUCCAAGUGAUACGGACUCGAAGGAUUUACACAGCGAAAGUAAACCGGAGAAACAGAAUGGAACUUCAAGCAAAUCUCCGUCGUCUCAGACAACUUACAUCCAACAGGGAAUGGAAGGGAUAAAGGUCUACCUCCACGAACGUGAACUGUGGACAAAAUUUCAUGAGGUUGGGACCGAAAUGAUUAUCACCAAAGCAGGGAGGCGAAUGUUCCCAAGCUUCAAAGUGAAGGUCACUGGACUAAAUCCCAAAACGAAAUACAUUCUCCUGAUGGAUGUAGUGCCAGCAGAUGACCACCGCUAUAAAUUCGCCGACAAUAAAUGGUCUGUGACGGGGAAAGCAGAGCCAGCAAUGCCUGGGAGGCUUUACGUUCACCCCGACUCUCCGGCCACUGGCGCGCAUUGGAUGCGGCAGCUUGUCUCCUUCCAGAAGCUUAAACUGACAAACAACCAUCUUGAUCCGUUUGGGCACAUUAUUCUCAACUCCAUGCAUAAAUAUCAACCUAGAAUCCACAUUGUCAAGGCAGAUGAAAAUAAUGGAUUUGGGUCGAAAAACACAGCAUUCUGCACCCAUGUGUUCCCUGAAACCGCUUUUAUUGCUGUUACAUCAUACCAAAAUCAUAAGAUAACUCAGCUAAAAAUCGAAAACAACCCCUUUGCAAAAGGCUUCCGCGGCAGCGAUGACAUGGAGCUCCACCGCAUGUCAAGGAUGCAAAGUACCAAGGAGUACCCAGUGGUCCCUCGCAGCACAGUGCGUCAACGAGUUGGCACCAGCCAGAGUCCAUUCAGUGGAGAUGUCCAAGGGAUUUCUACAGCUAGUAGCAUGACCUCUCAAUACUCAUGUGAGAAUGGAGUCACUGGCACCUCCCAGGACAUGCUGCCCCAAUCUGGCUCUUAUCCUCUACCCCAUGAACACAGUCAAGAUUAUCACUGCAUAAAGCGAAAAGUUGAGGACGACUGUCAUGCAGGUGAUCACACAUACAAAAAAGCGUACAUGGAGAGCUCCUCCAGUGAAGAUGACCAUUACUACCGGACAGUCAGCUACCCACAGUCCUUGGGCCUACCUGGCACCCCCUACAGAACGGAGUCAGGUCAGCGACAGGCUUGCAUGUAUGCCACUGCCUCACAAGCCGCUGAACCAGUCCCAAGCCUGGAGGAUAUCAGCUGCAACACAUGGGCAGGUGUUUCACCCUAUGGCAGCUGCUCUGUGACAACCAUGCAACCAAUGGAGCGACUGCCAUACCAACAUUUCUCUGCCCACUUCACGUCCGGACCACUGGUGUCCAGACUAAGCGGGGUAACAGGACAUACCUCUCCACAGCUGGGUGAUGCCCAUGCUAUGUAUCAAAGCUCCAUGUCCCACCAGACACUUGGCAGGCAGUGCAGCCCUGGUGCAGGAAUCCAGUCCCCAAGUGCCAGCCUGCAGAGCAAUGAAUACUUGUAUUCCCAUGGCAUACCCCGUACUCUGUCUCCACACCAGUAUCACCCAGUGCACAGUGUAAGCAUCAUGCCUGAAUGGAAUGAGAGCAGUUAA